CGUUGCUCUCAGAUUCGAACAAUGGGGACCGGUCCUGGCGGUUGAACUUCGAGGGGUUUCAGAUAUCUUCAGAGCACACGGAGAAGCAAGUGAAACCCUCUCGCGGACUCUAUGACUGUUAUGGCGUUCUAGGUUGAGUAUUGUGUGCAGGAAUUUGGAAGCAGGCUAGUUAUAGUGGGUGGGGUCUUUUUUGAGUUUUGGGUUGAGGAUGUGGUGGAUUUUUCGCUGUGUUAAAUAAGUUGAUGUGGAUUUUUGUUGCAUCGGGUAUUGCUUGCUUCUUUGGGGCAGUUGCUGGAAGAUGGACUAUAGGGUUUUGCAUUUGGAAGCUCUAGAGGGUCAAGAGGAUAAUAUUGCGGAGUACUACCAGCAGCAAGUUGAAGUGCUUGAGGGCUUUACUGAAAUGGAUGCCCUAGCAGAGCGUGGUUUUAUUCCUGGAAUGUCGAAGGAGGAGCGAGACAAGUUAGCAAGAAGUGAGACGUUUGCCAUCAGAUUGUCAAAUGUAGCAAACAUGGUUCUUUUUGUCGCCAAAGUUUAUGCAUCAAUACGAAGUGGUUCCCUAGCCAUCAUUGCAUCGACUUUAGACUCGCUUCUUGAUCUUCUUUCUGGAUUUAUCCUCUGGUUCACUGCAUUUUCCAUGCAGACACCAAACCCGUAUCAGUAUCCUAUAGGAAAGAAACGGAUGCAACCAUUGGGAAUUCUUGUUUUUGCCUCUGUCAUGGCUACACUGGGACUGCAAAUUAUCUUGGAGUCUAUCCGCACAUUAAUAUAUACUGACAAUGCAUUCAACUUGACCAAGGAACAAGAGCGAUGGGUUGUGGGGAUUAUGCUUUCGGUGACUUUGGUGAAAUUCUUACUGAUGAUCUAUUGCCGCACUUUUACUAAUGAGAUCAUUAAAGCCUAUGCCCAGGAUCAUUUUUUUGAUGUGAUCACUAAUGUCAUUGGUCUUAUUGCUGCACUUUUGGCAAAUUAUGUUGACGAUUGGAUGGAUCCUGUUGGUGCUAUCAUUCUGGCGUUGUACACCAUACGCACAUGGUCAAUGACAGUGUUGGAAAAUGUGAAUUCCCUGGUUGGAAAAUCAGCUGCACCUGAGUAUCUUCAGAAACUCACAUACCUAUGCUGGAACCACCACGAGGCUGUGAGGCACAUUGAUACAGUUCGAGCAUACACAUUCGGGUCUCACUACUUUGUUGAAGUUGAUAUUGUCCUGCCAGCAGAUAUGCAGUUGCAAGAGGCCCAUGAUAUUGGGGAAUCAUUGCAAGAGAAGCUUGAGCUUUUACCCGAGAUCGAGCGUGCUUUUGUUCAUCUUGAUUAUGAGUACAGUCACAAACCUGAGCAUGCACAAUCUCACUCUUAGCAGUAGUAAGGAAAACCAAUGUCCUUGUUUAUUUCAUUUACCCUUUCAUCUCCCGUCAGUUGUAAAUGUGAACCGUAUAUGGUAGUUCAGAAUCUGAACUUCUGAGCAAAUCACUAAGAAGUUGUUAGCUACACCAGCAGCUAUCAGUCUACUUUCUGGCAGACCUGACAAUGUCCCCAAAUGUAUAUCAAGAUAGUCUUUUCAGGUAAGAUCUUCCUUCCAGGUUCCAUUCAGGGGAAACAGAAUCGUUAUAUUCUUGUAGAGUGCACUCUUUCUACCUUACUUAAGCUUUAAGGUGUUGUGUGCUGGUCUUGGUUAUUUCUAACAUCACCAAAUAUGAUAAUAUAUACAUAACAUGCUAAGUUCUUCUUUUACAAGACUAUUUUUUACUUGUA